AUUGUCACGCAAUGGCGUUAGUGGAUUGUCGCGCAACAAUAAUGACACGAUGACACAUGAAUCGCAUGACACGCAAGUUCUCGCAAACAUGCGCCAUCGUAUGAUAAUUAUUGAAGCAGUAUCCUCCCUUUUUUGGCAGCAUGGAACUACUCUUUAUACAAAGGAGGAAAAGCGACUUACUAUGUUUGAACAUGCUUUAGUAUUUUAUUUAACGAUGCUAUUAAUUAUUAGUAUUCUGAGUUUUUUUGUUCGGAAUAAUACUGAUAGCUAUUUUGCUAUAACUUUCUUCAAUUUUUUAUUUAUUUCGUUACAUAUUGUGCUGUUUAUUUCACCAAACGAUUAUUUUACCAAAGCAGAGAUCGGAAUAUGUUUGCUUUAUUUAACUAAUAUGUUCAAACUUGACGGCACUUUAUGUUUUGAUAAAAAGCAAAGUGAUGAGCUUGAUCAACAUCUACCGAUCAUGUUUGGACAUUAUCAGUCUAUACGAUGGUUACUUUUUUGGAUCUAUUAUUCACUACAUAAAGAUGAUAAAAAGAAUCGGAUCGAAACGGCUAAAGGCCUUAAUUUUGAGGAUUUUACGAACGAAUACUCAAGGUGGUGGUUUGUUCGUGAAUUAUGGGAUUAUAAAUAUGUUGGAGAUGUUCAAAAUCUUAACAAAAAUUUAUAUAACGCUAUAAUAGAGUAUGAAUCGAUUUAG